UAGGAAGGAAGCUCGCCUUGCGAGCGGACCUCACCAAGGCUCAGGGUGGCUCGCCAUGUCUGCCGAAGGCCCCCGAGUGGGAUCCAUGUCCCUGGACUCCUCCAAAUCCUCCCUACCCUUGGCCGCGCUCAACGUGCGAGUGCGGCGCCGUCUCUCACUGUUUUUGAACGCGAGGACGCCGGUGGCGGCCGACUGGACCAUGCUGGCAGAGGAGAUGGGCUUCGAGUACUUGGAAAUCCGACAGCUGGAGACGCGCCCAGACCCCACCGGUAGUUUGUUGGAUGCCUGGCAGGGGCGCUCUGGCGCGACGGUCGGCAAGCUGUUAGAGAUGCUGGCCAUGCUGGACCGUGAGGAUAUACUGCGGGAGCUGUGGCCCAGCAUCGAUGAUGACUGCAAGAAAUACAUACUGUGGCAGCAGAUGCAGGAGUCUGAGAAGCCCUUACAGGUGGCCAGAGUGGAAAGCAGUGUCCCACAAACAAAGGAGCUGGAGGGCAUCACCACUCUUGAUGACCCCCUGGGACAAACACCAGAACGGUUUGAUGCCUUCAUCUGCUACUGCCCCAGUGACAUUGAGUUUGUGCAGGAGAUGAUCAGGCAGCUAGAACAGACAGACUAUCGGCUGAAGUUGUGUGUGUCUGAUCGUGAUGUCCUGCCAGGCACCUGUGUCUGGUCUAUUGCCAGUGAGCUCAUUGAGAAAAGGUGUCGCCGGAUGGUGGUGGUUGUUUCUGACGAUUACCUACAGAGCAGUGAAUGUGACUUCCAGACCAAGUUUGCUCUCAGCCUCUCUCCAGGUGUCCAACAGAAGCGGCUGAUUCCCAUCAAAUACAAGGCGAUGAAGAAGGACUUCCCCAGUAUCCUGCGGUUCAUCACUAUCUGUGACUAUACCAACCCAUGCACCAAGUCCUGGUUCUGGACCCGCCUUGCCAAGGCUUUGUCCCUGCCCUGAAGAUGGCCUUGGGAGCCCUAGGUCUGUCAGUCUGUCCUUGCUCUUCUGCUUGCCUCCUCUGACAUUGUAGGAGGGAAUUUGUGGUCCACUCAUCCUUUGAGAUUCUAGCUCUACAGCAGCCAAAACCCAUCUGGUUACCGCCCCUCAAGUCCUGGAUGGAACGAGUGACCGCAAGUGACUUUGUUACUUGCUGGGUUGUCAGCCAGUACAGCGAUUACCAGGGACCAGCUGAGCUACAGCCGAGCCAUCUUUGGCCUCAGUUUCUCCACCUGAAAAACAGGAUAUGGAGAUGAGGCAGGAGCAUGGCGAGGCAUUGCUCUGGCUAAAGGAGAGCUGGCUGUGGGACUGGAGCCUUGCCAGGACACUGCUUCCCCCGUCUGCCUCACAUUCCUGUUCCUCCUUUCACAGGGCAAUGGGGAGCUGAACUGACUUUGAUCCGAUUCUCUGGAACUAUCCUCUCUGCAUCUUUGACCCCCUCAGCCUCAAUCCCAUGUUUGGUGGUCACUAGUCUGGGUAACUGGGACUGCUUUUCCCUCCCAUGUAGCCAUGCCUGUGCACAUGUCUCAGUUUCACUUUGCUUGAAGUGGGAUCCUGUCCUCUGGCAUGCCUAUUAUUUAUAGUGGCCCCAGUAGGGGCACCAGGACUAUGUCAUCAGGGAACCUUCCUCCCUGGCCACCAACCAGAGACUUUCUCCAGCUCUCUGCACUUUGAUUACCUACUUUGUUAACAAGCAGCAAACACACAAAAACAUCCUUUCUCUAGUACUUGGAGGUGUGUGGCCCAUAGAGUCCUAUUUAUUAGAUACAUGUAAAUGUACACGUGCUCCCUCACACAGACACUCCCUCACACACACAGGCAUCUGCAUACCUCUGUUUGCUUUGGGACAGCUCCUAAGAAUGGCUGAGUAGAAGAGUUCUGCCAUCAAGGGGACCUGGCCAUCUCCCUGGAUAAAAACAAGGUGCCCUUACUAUAGCUAGCGGCCCAUGCCUGUAAUUCCAGCAUUUGUGAGGUAGAGGCAGGAGAGUCAGGAUUUCAAGGCUCUCCUUGGAUACACACCAAGUUUAAGGCCAGCCUGGAUUACAUGAGAGCCUAUCACCUCUCCCCCCCAA